CUGUUUAAGAGGAACUUUAAUCAUAUUUAAAAAUGAACAAUUAUAGAACUUAAACAUUGUGGACACAGUAUUUCUGACAAUAAAUGUGAAUGUAAGUACAGCAUAUUUUUGUUUACAAAACUUAUUUCAAGCAUUUAAGCAGAAGCCUAAAGUUAAAAAGAUCUUUGAAAUCAUAAGAAACAUUAAUGCAAGUGUGACUAAACUUGUGACUUGUAAUAUAUGUAAAUAUAUGUACUGUAAGCUGACCAUCAAAUGUCAUCAAAUAUCAUAAAGAGUUUAACUGAUUCCUAAUAACCGUUAUAGAUUUUUGAUGCUCAGUGUUUAUAAUGAAUAUAAUUGAUUUUCUUUCCUCUAGUGGCUCAAACUCUCCAUUGAUAAAAACAGCUGAUUCUGAACAUCCAAUCAAACAUCUCUGUGUGACGAUAAGAAACAACAUUUAUAACAGAUUCUGGUUUUAAUUAGCAUUACUAUGAAAUUUUUACCUGUGCUGCUCCUACUAUGGGCUCCUCCUUCAGAUGCUGCAGGCCGACUGAGAACAUUCCACUUAGAAACAACAAAUUAUCCAAAUGCAGCUCGAGAUAUUUGCAGAAAUAAAUAUACUGACCUUGUCACAGUUUAUGAUCAUAAAGAGAAUAAGGAGCUUACAAAUACUACUUGUCACUGGAUUGGUGCCUAUAGAAACAAUACGAGUGAGAAAUGGUCAAAUGGGGAUGAUGUCACAUUCAGACCAGGACACAAGUGUCAGAAUGAAUACUGUGCUUAUAUUGAAACUAAUGGAGACUGGGAAUGUGCUCCAUGCAGUACAGAACUCCGACAACUCAUGUGUUAUGAUCAAGGUGUUGACCGAGCAUCACACAUCUACAGGUUAAUCCAGAAAAACAAAACGUGGUUUGAUGCUCAGCUGUACUGUAGAGAGAAUCACACUGAUUUAGUCACUAUCAGAGAUGAGACACAAAAUGAACAGGUGAAGAAAAAAGCAAACGAGAGUAACACAAUCGAACCCUUCUGGAUUGGCCUCCUCAGUGACAAUGUGGAAUGGUUUGAUGGAGGAAAGUCGGCUUACAGAAACUAUAGUAAUACAAACAAUAAAAAUAACAAAACAAAUAUAUACACAUUCCUCUAUUUGAGAGGGACAUGGACAGAAACUGAAAACAAUACCUGCAAUACUCAUUGCUACAAAAGUCACAUUCAUGUCAGUCAUGAAAACAUGUCUUGGGAGAAAGCUCUGGAUUACUGCAAUAGUAAUGAGAAUACUUCUGGACUCCUGCGCAUCGAGUCUGAGGAUGAUCAGAUAGAAACGGAGCGGGAACUAAGAAGAAGGAAUAUUUCAGGUCCAGUGUGGGUGGGGCUUAGACAGAGUCGACUCUUUGGAUUCUGGAUUUGGUCCAAUGGGCUUCAUGUGGGACCCUGGACCAACUGGAAAGGAGGAAGUCAACCUGAACAUCAGAUGUCCCACCACUGUGGUGCCAUAGAGAAGAUGAACGGUGAAUUCAAAUGGACUGAUAAAAACUGCAGAUCUAAAUUUACUGUUUUAUGUGAGGGAAAGUAAUAAACAGUACCAGCUGAAAGUUUGGGCACACUUGACUUGAAUUUGUUUCUCAUGAAAAUCUACAGUAAAUGCUGAUUUUAAGAAUUUGUUUUGUAGACAAGUGUUCAGUACAGUAGAAUUGUGCCAAUGUAUGAAUUUCUGUUUUACUGCCUAUUGGAAGCACAUACACCUUUAAAUGGAUAAAUAAAUUAUUAAUAGACAGCCAUUGUGAAAUUUUGUUUCAAUGCCAGUGGUUGCUUCAUGAAUGUGUCAAUUAAUUAAAAUACAAUUCUGAAUAACAGGCAGUUUGUGCUAUUCAUUUUAUGUGCUGCAUAACCAAAAUUCAAAAGCACUACACACAUUAUGCGACAGAGAUACAAAUGCAAGAGAAAGUUCUCGAGUGCAUGAUGGUGAUAUUUCAAGGAAAAAAUAAAAAUACCACCAACCUUCUGAUUUCAGCUGAGGUUUCUAACAGAACUGACUCCAUAUAGUGGCCUCUAAAAAAAUAGCUUGAAACAUGUGCUUGUGCUAUCUUUCUUUAACAUA